AACCCUUCAUUAAUUAGACAUCUCAAUCAAUGAUCUAAAUAACUAAACUCAUCAUCACAAAGUCAUCUCAAUGAUGAGCAUUAAGCUGACAUUGUGUGCCUUAAUCUUCUUCCUCUUAAAUUCACUUCUUCAUCAUGUUCUCGGUCACGAUAACCAACUUAACACAACCUCGUCAUGGCUUAAGAGCCACAUCAAAGCAGCUACAACAACAAAUUGGGGUAGACCAAAGCCACCGAUGUGUAAACCAUGGAUUUGCAAACGGUCCGGACCAUCAGAGGCUCGAAUGAGAUGUUGUCGUAACCAAUGCGUUGAUGUCUUGUCCGAUCCAAACCAUUGUCGGUUCUGUUUCAAGAGUUGUAGGUUCGCAUUGUCGUGCUGCGAUGGAGAUUGUGUGGACACGAACACUGAUCCGUCUAAUUGUGGACAAUGCGGGAACGAGUGUGAAUCCGGUGCGCCUUGUGAGUUUGGUAUGUGUGGUUAUGCUGCUCCAUCGUCACAGCCUGGAAAACGUCAUCGUCGUCACAAGUUUCAUCGGCCACGUCCUCCUCCUUCUCCGGACAGUAAACUUAAUUAUGAUGAUCAUGAUGAUGAAUAAUAAAGCGUGACGUGGUGAGAUACUGAUGAGGUCGAGUCUUCGAGUUUAACUAUCAUUGUUCUGUGUGUGUUAGAGUUCAUUUUUUCGAUGAAUUUUAUUUUGUAAUGAUAAUAAUUGGUUAUAUGAGUGGUUU